CAACCAGGCUAUCAGAAGCUUCCCCCGCCCAAGGUGGCCAAGGGUAGAAAACGUGCAUCAACCCCUAUAUCCCCACCAAUAUCUGGAAUGUCCCAAACCCCUACGGCGCCAUCCUCCAAGAUGACAUCAGCUUCAAGAUCCAACCAAGCUAUAACAACUUCUUCAAAUCCUUCAGCCAAGAAACAGAAAUUGACCCAUCCGAGCUCUUCAAGAGCUCCAAAAAAAACUCCCAAAUGCAAGGAGAACAAGAACAAGGACGAUGGUAAGCCUCUUCAGAACAUACCACUUACAGUCAACCCGGAAACCAGGAGCGAUGCCGCGGUCACUACAGCGCCGCUAUACAGCUGUCCCCACAGUCGAUACCCUUCCUUGCACACCUUACACGCCUCGAGUCUGGGCUAAUUCUCGCGCAGAAAUUGCUUCGAUAUUCCCUGAACUCACGAAGUCUCUUACGGGUAUCUCAUGGCGGCAGUUUGAAAUGCCCGCAUUGUUCCUAGAACAUCCCCACCCCGAGCAUUCCUGGAGAGACAAAAACACUCUGGAAGUCGUUUUGGAAUGGAAUUAUCGAUACGGACCCGAAGUACUUGUACGUAGUGAUUCGCAUGUCAUAACACACGACAAGAACCCCUCCGAUAACAGUGAUCUGGCAGCACAGGUGGAAGAAGGCGAGUCUGUCAAGGAUGCAGGGCCCUUCUUCACUCCUAUCAAAAGCGACCAUCUCCAGUUCAAUUUCUCAUCGUUCACCGCACCUCUGGCUGUAGGAUCCGAAGUGUUGCCAUCCGAUACCAUCGCUAUGUCACAGUCACUCACGUUAGCUCCAGUGCCAGUGCUAGAUUCACUAUCGCCAACGGUCUUGUCUCCACCUCUGGUUCCAGAACCCGAUACACCGAUAGUGUCUUCUUCGGCUCCUCAAAUCCAACCCCGAAUACCUGAACAAAGGCCAUCUGAGAUUGAAACCUUAGAUCAGUGUCGCAUGGACCAAACUCCCCUACUUGUUUUCGUAUCUCGAGAAAGCGGGCUCUUACCACUGCAACUGGCUCCCGAGUACGCAUGCUGUUGCUUGGGUUUAUUUGUUAUAUCUGAUUUGAACGUGGAUAUAAACAACACAGUCGUAGCUAUUUCCAAGGCUCAACAGUGCGAACGCGUACGAUGGCGCCUUACCUUGGAAUGGGCACCGGGAGGUGAAGAAGGGUUGUUGGAAAAUAUCAAUGAGAAGUCGCACCCAUGGUGGAUUGAUCCUGUCGAAAAGGAGGCUGGCUCAGUGAAAACAUCCAGAGACAUGAACACCCUCUAUUUCAGCUUUCUGCCUUUGGACCUCCUGGCGAGCUUCAAACCCAGCGAGUGUUUUCCAAGAGGCUGGUACUGCAGAGACUGCGGGAUGCUUAAUGCGCAGAGGUGUUUUCGACACCAGAUCUGCCAGAGUUCCAUGUGCAAACGUAAACUGGAGCGGGGAAAAGCAACGACCAAUGCUGAUGCCCUGAUUUGCCACAUUGAUCCGCUACAAGCACUUCGAGGACCACACCAUCGUUUGCCCAUACGGGAUCCUCUCGAUUGUGCACCUUCGUCAGUUGGCAAAAUUGAUUCCUCGUGGGACGACACGAUGCGGAAUUUGACGUAUCAAGUCAACAAUGGUGUGAGAGUACAACAUGUCUUCACCGGUAACCAAGAGAUAUUGCAACAGGAUGCAACAAAACUACUCCUCGACAUACAGAAAGAUGUUAUCCUUUCCCGCAGUGACCUACAUAGUAUGUAUCCUUGUUGCUUGGCAUCUAAAACGUGCGAAAUUUUGGUCUCAGGCCCUUAUUUUACCUGGUCUACGAAACUUGAUCACGGAAAUAUCUGCUCCGGGGAUCCAGCCGGACAACCUGAAAUACCUAGACUUGUCUUCGACAUCCAGGAUAUCUUGCUUCACUAUAUGCAAGCGUAUGGCGAAGUCAACGAUGCCAACAUUAACCAUAUCAUGAUUCAGGCAUGGGUCACUCCAGGCUCGAAACGGGGUGCCGUUUUUAACGCGAAGAGCCACGUUGUCACCAUCAUUUGUCUAGGUGCCGAAGUCGUCAUGAAUCUAGUACCCAAACGUGGUUUUACGGAGAUCCCCAUUGAAAGUGCGAAGGACUGCAUGGAGAUUGAUAGCGAGCGGAUAUUAAGUGCGUCACAGCUGGCGGAUGAUGGUUGUUCAGAAACUCUUGCGUCGGCAGCAGUAAUUGUGCCAGACGACUGCCGCCAAACUGGUGGUGACCCUGACGUCACGAAUCAACCUGACCCAGCGAGCCUUGCUUUGGGGGAGGCAUCUGGACCGUCAGGUAAUGUAGGUGAUGCCAAGGCAGCCGGAAAGGGGAAGGGUACUACUGGUGGCAAAAAGAGCAAGCCAGCGCCCUUGGAACUUUCCAUGACCCUAGUUCAUGGUGAUGCGAUCAUUCUCGAGGGAGAUGACUUUGAGUACCAAAUCAAGCGCAGCGGAACUACGAUUCUUCUCAUUGGGUCUCAUGAGUGAUCGGCACGGAUCGUCUCUUGUUCUCGGGUCGUUUAUUAUGAGGGAGGGAGUCCUCCGUCGUGCAUCGUAGUUAGAGCGCUAGAGCAAAUCCGAAAGCAGCAAUCAAAUCUCCCAAACACUUGGACUGGCUGGCGCCUGCUGAGCAUAAUUCUUCA